CCUGCCACUGUACUGCAGAAUAUAAUCUUGGAAUAAAAACAUGAGCUAAGAACUGCAAGAAUCCAAAGGUAUUCCUUUGCACAAAAUCUGCGUCCCACGAAGAAAAGCAGGAAGGAUUUAUUUAUUUUAUUUUGUCUUAGAAAAAAAGCAUUCAUUCAUUGCGUUGACAGAAAGGAACCAGGGAUUGGACUCUGUAGAGUGUUUUGCCUGAAGAGUGGGAUUCCCAUCUGCUACAGAACAUCAGAGCUAGUAGCUGUUGCCGUAGACAUGUUAGAUUAAUCGGCCACCUGAUGGGGAUUAACGGAGGAGCACCACUUUGUGUCACUUUCCUACCUCUGUGCAGCAAGAAAAAUAUCUUUAGCAACUCUUCUAAAAAAAUAAUGGAUUUAAUAUUAACUGAGUGGCAAUUAUUAUGGAUUUUUAAUUCUAGUAGUAAUUAGACCACAAGUCAAGCCAUAUGUCCAUAACCCUACCAAAACACCUUAUUUUGCUGCAUGCCUCAUAUAUAUGUACGUAUAUAUGAAGUUGUGAAAUACCUGUACAUAAAGAGAAGAAUACAAGUAUUAACCUACAUGGGAUUAAGUGAGAAACCGUCAAAACAGAAGACAUCUUAAUUUAUCAUAAAGCUAUAUAAAGGAGAUAUUUAUAGAUAUAUAUUUUUUAUGAUAAUGAAAAUGGCUCCCCAGAAUGCCGACUCAGGAUCUAUGCAAGUGCAAGAGCUACCUGCAGUGCAGCUGAACGUGAAGGAGAACAAGGAGAACGAAAGCAGGGAUGACGCAGUUAGUGAAGGCUCUAUAGACCGCAUACCAAUCCGUAGCUGGGUGAUGCAUGGCGCAGUUAUGUUUGGCAGGGAGUUUUGUUAUGCCAUGGAAACUGCACUGGUGACACCAGUAUUGCUGCAAAUCGGUCUUCCUGAACAGUACUACAGUCUCACCUGGUUCCUUAGUCCAGUCUUGGGCUUAAUCUUCACGCCAUUGAUUGGCUCAGCUAGUGACCGUUGCACACUGAGUUGGGGCCGCCGGCGGCCUUUCAUCCUUGCACUCUGUGUUGGAGUGCUUCUGGGAGUGGCACUUUUUCUAAAUGGUUCAGUUAUAGGUUUAGCUAUUGGCGAUGUCCCUGAAAAGCAGCCAAUUGGGAUUGUUCUGACUGUACUUGGUGUAGUCGUUCUGGAUUUCUGUGCUGACGCGACUGAAGGGCCAAUUCGAGCUUACCUACUUGAUGUGGCUGACACAGAUGAACAAGACAUGGCACUCAACAUUCACGCCUUCUCUGCUGGGCUUGGAGGAGCUAUUGGCUAUAUGUUGGGCGGCCUGGAUUGGACUCAGACAUUUCUUGGCAAGGCGUUUAAAACCCAAGAACAAGUCCUGUUCUUCUUUGCUGCACUUAUCUUCUCAGUGUCUGUUGUCUUGCACCUUUUCAGUAUAGAAGAAGAGCAAUAUAACCCUCAGCAAGAUCGAAUUGAUGAAGAAACUGAUACUCUUUCAACAGUUAAAUGUGAUUGCAGUCUCCCACCUACCACCCGUCUUGACACUAUAGGUGAAGAAGAACCAUAUACACCCUCCAUGUUCCCAGAAGAUGUUCAGUCGGAGCAUGACCUCAAUAUGGAUUUUCUUGAAGUAGAUAUUGUUCGGAGUAAAAGUGAUUCUGUCCUGCACAUGCCAGAUUCUACUCUGGAAAUAGAAUCAGAAUUACUUUUUCUUCAUGGAAUUGAGCCCUCUAUUUUCCAGGAUCCUUCAUUUCCCAAUUCACCCCAUAGCAGCAACCAGGAACUUCUGAAAUCAAAGUUUAACCGUUUGUCUGCCUUCCUCAGGGAAAAUGAAAAAGAUGAUGAGAUGUUGCUUGAUAAUCACUUAAAUGAGGCCAAAGUCCCCAACACCAGUGGCACCCGGUUACCAAAUGGUCACAUAAGUACAAUUGGCAUGAAACAGUCAAGUACUGCAAAUUCAAUGCGCAGGAGGAGACAUAUGUUCUACCGCCAACCCUCUCAUACCUUUUCAUACUACGGCAAAGUUGGCACCCAUGUGUAUCGAUUUAGGAGAGCCAAUGCUAUUCUCUUGAUUAAGUCAUCACGCAGUAUGAAUGACAUUUACGAUAUGCAAAAGAGGCAAAGACAGAAGCAGAGACAGAGAAACCAGAGUGGUACAACCAAUUCAAGUGGCGAUACAGAAAGCGAAGAAGGUGAAGCAGAGACAACAGUGAAACUUCUGUGGCUGUCAAUGCUAAAAAUGCCUAAAGAGCUCUUGAGGCUCUGUGUUUGUCACCUUCUGACGUGGUUUUCCAUCAUCGCAGAAGCUGUCUUUUACACAGACUUUAUGGGCCAAGUCAUCUAUGCUGGUGACCCAAAAGCACCAUUAAAUUCUACUGAACUGCAAGCCUACAGUACUGGUGUUCAGAUGGGCUGUUGGGGACUGGUUAUUUAUGCUGCUACUGCUGCUGUUUGUUCUGCACUUUUACAGAAAUACCUGGACACUUAUGACCUGAGUAUUAAAGUGAUCUACAUCCUUGGACUUUUGGCGUUUACCAUAGGUACUGCUGUAAUGGCCAUCUUCCCUAACGUUUAUGUUUCCAUGAUAAUGAUCAGCACUCUGGGAAUUAUCUCCAUGAGUAUUUCUUAUUGCCCCUAUGCCCUUCUGGGGCAGUACCAUGAAAUUAAAGAGUACAUCAGUCACAGCCCUGGAAAUUCAAAAAGAGGAUUUGGUAUAGACUGCGCCAUCUUGUCCUGCCAAGUAUAUAUCUCCCAAAUUCUAGUGGCAUCAGCACUUGGUGGAGUAGUGGAAGCAGUUGGCAGUGUGCGUGUUAUCCCUAUUGUGGCAUCAGUCGGAUCAUUUCUUGGCUUUCUGACAGCUAUGUUCUUGGUUAUAUAUCCACAGACUACUGAGGAACCGAAGGAAGGGCAAAAAGAAGUGAGCAACAUAGAAGCAAUGCAACAAAAUGGCAAGACUGAGAAACCUACAGUAUUAAAACUCACUCCAAAAGGCAUUAGCUCGAAUGAUGUUGAAUGUGAAUCAGCAGUCUGAAUUUCAUGCAGCCUUGUUAGUAGAAACAUUCCAGUCUCUUUAAUUGCAUGACUUGGGGUAUCAUUUAAACUUGAAUUUUUGACGCUUUCAUGGUCCUUUAGUGUAGUAGUUGCUGACACUGAGCAAGGCAUACUGUCGUGGAAAAGGCCAUGCUGUAGGCAUUCAUAUUAAUUGCUAUACAACAUUCUCAGUCCCAGUGACAUGUUUCAAACGAGAGACAUACAGAGAAAAUUUGAUUGUAAGCGGAGAAUAAUUUUGUAAUGGUGCAUAGUAAAAAUAUAUAUAAUUUUAACCAAAAAAAUAUAUAUAUAUUUUCAGGCAUUAGCUAGAACUCUACUUAGAGGAAAAAUAUUUUUUCUUGUCCACAUGCCUGGAAUUAUUUUGUAGUACAUUUUGAUCUCCAAAUAAUAUACAGUUUACAGAGGAAGGCAGUUUUAGAAUUUUAUAUUUUACUGUUUGUAGAGUGAAGGAGAAAGUCUUAUUGCUGUAACUAUUAUCAUUGCUUCAAGUUUUAUAACUGUAGAGGAGUUAAUGAUGGAGUUAAUUUAAAAGGUGUUCACCUUGGAGGCCAGGAGCAGAAGUUAGAUAACUGUAAGCUAAAUUCUAAUAGCCUCAUGUACACUUCUUAUAUGCUGUUAUGUUGGACCCCACUGUAACUGGAACCAACUCAUUAAAAGCCAGGUGUGACAUUUAAUUUUUUAUCUUCUGAGCUGUUUGCAAAGCUUUACUGAUCUCACCUGAAUGUGAUGGACCAAACUGAAGUACUGAGUCCCCUGCACUUUAUCUAGCAAUUUAUUUACUUAUUUUUUUUAAACAAACGUAAAUCACAUCUGUAUGCUUUUUUAAGUAAAUCUUGAGUCUACCCUAAAUGGUAAUGGCCUUUUUACCAAAGUGGUCACUGCAAAGUGCAAGUAAUAGUUUUUGUCACUGUACGAGGAAGUAAAGUGGAAAGUCAGCAGUUAGUAUUGACAGCCAAAGUCCACAGAAGGUCGGAAAUGCAGUAAUGCAGCUAUUACACAGUGAUUACUAUUUGUUACUCACUCCAUUGUGAUAAAUUACUUUUUAUCUUGUAAGCAAAUAACAGAGAGGAGUGUGGAGUAACUGUCUUACAGUCAAUUUAAGUACAAAAGAAACAGGUGGAUUUACUUGAAGCAUGUUGUGCAGUUUUUUUCGUAGUUGUAUGUGUAUUGGGUGGGGGGGGUUACUGCACGCACUUUCUAAACCACAUGCUUAUCUGAAGUAUAUUGGGUCUGCAGGUAUAUCGGUAGCUGAAAGACAGUGAUGCGCUGUUACUGUAAAGUUCCAGUGAAUCAUUGGGUACUGUUGGAUUAUGGACAUCAGGAGUCAAUUUUAAAAUGUUUCUGCUUUCUGAUUUGCUGUGGUAGCUUUACCUUCACACUGUCUGGAUUAACCAUUUAUGAAAAUGAAGAUUACAUCUCUCAUAGCUUUUGGAGUCAUUCUGCUUUAACAGAGUGCAUUUUUUUAUUAUAUUUCUGAAUCUCAAGACGGUGGGUUUAUUUUCAGAAGACCAGAGACAGCUUUUUAGGUAUUUCUACCUACAGAUUAUGUCUGACAGUUGCACUGUUGCUGCAUUUGUGUUGGUCUUAAUCUGUAGUGCCGAAAGUGGAACAAGUGUAGUUUAGUGCAGAGUUAUCGCACUUUCAGUGAAACACACCCAGCUUAACAGUAUAGUGCCUCACAACAAAGUAAUGCAGCAGCUGCAUGGAGCAAUAAAACUGUUCCCAUGAGGAGCAGUCUGUUAUUUAGUCCGUACACCCAAUAUCCCUUUUGUUGAAGUGCUUUGAAAACUUUGUAAAUUACCAUUUAGUGAAAAAAAAAAUCAUAAGUUUGCUGCUCAGUGCACAGCUUUAUGACCAUUGAAAUACAAAUAUCAAGUGUUCUGUACUUUCUAUAAAGACUAUCAUCUGUGUAAUGUAUUAUAAUGCCUUUUUCCUGUCCCUAAUCCACAGAAGGUGAAAUAAUCUCUGGUAGGUGUUAGUCAGGUUUCGUCUUAUUGGUGCAUUUCUACUAAAAUGUUGCCAGCAUGUGGUAACACUAAAAAAAAAAAAACAUACAUCCUAGCAUUUGGUUAGUAGACGUGCAUCAUUUUCUGACAGUCUGUAUGGUGAACAUGGUAAAAGGUUGUGGGUGGCAAUCACCAACUUUCCUUAUUAUUCCCUUAUUACCUUAUAUCCCUUUUGCAUCUUUAGUAGUUAAGACUUGUGCAUUGCAGUGCAAUCCAUAUGUCUUAAGGUAGAAGUCUAAUUUGGGGAUCUUUUGCAGACACGUUUUAUGGCAUGGAUUAAGUAAGCUAACGUGGACAACAGCAAUUUCACAAUGUACAGAUUAAAUGGGGGUGCAUCCCUUGCUGUUGUCUGAUCUGAAUUUGAAAAAAAAAUAGUGCUGUUUAUUCUUCAAAUGUCUCUUGAUGGAAACUUGCUGUUGUCAUUAGGGUAAUGAUCUAAAAAAAAAUUGGUAUUUUUACCCAUUUUAGUAGAACAUGUUACAUUCUACAGCAGUUAUUUCCCCAAGUGUAUUUACCUGCAUGGGAAAAGCAUUUCCAUUGUUCCAGUUUCUGUUAAGGAAAUCCAGUAGAAAAUGUGUAGAUGUACAGCUGUUAACUUCUAUCACAUUCAAAAGCAUUUCGAUGACCGACUUCUGAAGGUCAUCUGCUCUUUUUUUCAAAGUACUAUUGCAUUUUCCUUUAAAUAAAUUGUUGAGCUGCAGACGUAUUGCAGAUUCACGGUGCUAAACCGAUGGAGGUGCUGAAAAUGUAGGUUAACUUUAUUCAAAGGUGAGAGUUGAUUUUGAGUUUUUUUUUUUUUUGUGGGCAGUAUAGUUGAUUUGUGUAUUUACUGUGAAGGGAAAAAAGUAAAAAAAAAAAAAAAAAAAAAA